CACUUAUUCUUGAAGUUACGGAGGGUGGGUAGGGGAGGGGAUAUUCCUCUCCUAUUUCUGAUUUCUGAGGGAUGGUAUGUUAUUUUUUUCAGUGGGGUCUAAUUUGUGACCGCGGACAUCUCAAGGCCAUGACUCAAGCUGUUUACAUGGCGGGUCUGUUGGUCGGUGCAGUUGCGUUUGGCAGCAUUUCAGACCAUUUUGGAAGAAAGAUCUCGUUCUUUACCAGCAUUGGAUUCCUUGCUACCUUCGGCGUGGCAUCUGCUGUUUCUGACUGCCUGUCGCUGUUCUCUUUGUUUCGUUUCUUUGCCGGCGCUGGGACCAUUGGCUGUUUAUUGGUGCGGUUUGUUUACUGUAUAGAGAUGGUUGUCACUGCACAUCGUUCGUACAUUGGUAUGAUCAACAUGUUGUUUCUCACUAUUGGCGGAUGUUUUCUCGCCUUACUCGCCUACUUGAUUCCCAACUGGCGUUAUCUCAUGCUGGCCGUAUCGUUACCAGGUUUUGUUCCACUGGUCGCCUGGUGGUGGAUUCCACGCUCUCCGCGAUGGCUAAUCGCUAAUAAUUACCUGGAGGAGGCUCACGUGGUGUUAAUGAAAUACGCCACAAACAAUCACGUGACCGUGGAUUCCAAGCAUCUGAAACACAUGAUUCAAGAAGUGAGAAAGAACGACGAAAGAAAAACGGAAGAUGAAAAAUAUGGAAUCCUUGACACAGUGAAAACACCCAAGUUACGAAAACGAACCUUGAUAAUGUUCUUCAACUGGUGUGUGAACGCCCUGGUUUUUUACGGACUCAACUACAACGUCAGAAACCUUGCUGGGAAUAUGUACCUCAACUUCUUUCUACUUCUUGUGGUUGACUUUCCAUCCACUGCUCUAUGCUGCUAUUGCUUACAAAGGUUUGGUCGCCGUUUGACGUACUCAUCAUAUAUGACAUUCGCAGGAGUGGCCUGUCUUCUGGCAUUGGCAGUACCAAGUAGUAAAGAAUACCAAGUUGCGGUUAUUAUUUUUGUGAUGAUUGCAAAGUUCUUCAUCAUUUCCACCUUUAAUUCGGUGUACAUUUACACUGCGGAGCUGUAUCCAACUGUGAUAAGGACCAAUGGUGUUGGAUUGUGUUCAAUGAUCGCCCGGAUUGGUGGAAUUAUUGCGCCCUAUAUCGUCUUACUGGCUGACCUUCCAAAUCUAAGGAAAACCUUCCCGUUGCUGAUUUUUGGUGUCCUGGGUGUGGCUGCUGGUCUUAUGGCUUUUUGGUUACCAGAAACUAUCACAAGUCAAAUGCCACAGACCGUGGAACAAGCCGAGGCAUGGGACGAGGAUUAUAAGAUUUACUGUUGUAAAAAGCCUAAGAUCCAUGCGUCAAAAGUAAAGGAGGUAGAAAUGGAAGCAAAAGCAUUGAAAGAAGAAGAAGAGGAAGACGAAAUUACCGUUUAACUUAGUAGCUAGAUUGAGACCAUUUUUGUUAUGAGAGAAUAAUCCCCGUUGUAAAGAUAGUCGCCCUGGUUUGAAAGUGAAAUAUUCUGGUCUUAAGGUUACACAAUACUUUCGCGGGCGUGCUUCUGAAAAAAAAUCACAAGUCAAAUACAAAGGCACAGACCGUGGAACAAGCGGAGGUAUGGGGCGAAGAUUUUAAGAUCUACUGUUGUCGGAGGCCUUGAGUCCAGACCGCUCGCGAGGAAGUAGUGAUGAAUGGGGAAGACACAACACUAGUGUAGUUUAUUGUCAGAAGACAGAACCCACGAAAAUAAUUAAAAUUUUCGUAAUUCCAGUCGGGUGAAGAGACGAGGUAACAAGCAACCAAACACUCUCAGUAAUUUUUGUGUAUCAGCAUCAAAAGAGGUUGACCUCGCAAGAAGGGUAUGGAGAGCUAUUGAGAGACAGACCUCACCAGUAGUCAGGGGCUCCUAUGCCCUCCUCCCCUCCACCCUCACUCCACUUUCACUUGUAUUACCAACCCUACCCUACUGCGCUUAACUCAAGUGAUUGACGACAACCUGUGCUUGUUUUGUGGUGCCCUUCAACUCAUGUGAAAAGAUGUAAAAUUGUAUGUUUUAGGAGAACCUGUGAAAUGAGAUCUCGAAAUUUAAUAGGCAGAGUAAAGAGCUCAAUCUUUUUUUUAAUUUCAAAGUUAGAUAUGUCUGGUUUGAAAAAACAAAAUAUACUAAAACAACACAUUCAACCGUCUUCUAAUCUGAAAUGCCUUACUUCAAUCUCUAAUUGUCUAUUGAUCAUACUGUGAUCAAAAUAAUGUCUUUUGAUGUGAAGCUAAAAAAAAUUAACAUCUGUAAUUUCAACGUGUGCCUAUAGAUGGGAAAAUGCGUAGAUCCACACGACAACUCCCCUAUAUAGAGUGCAAGAUCCUCAAGAGUCCUUUGAGUUCGCUCAGAAUAACUAUUAAUGGCAAAUAAAUCACUCCUUUAUUUAA